AUGGUGAACAUAUUCAAACGGCCGCAGGAUGACUCGGCUAACCCAGCGCCGGCUGAGGUCUACAAUUGGCGGAUCUACGGGCUCGCGGCUUCUGCUGCCAUGGGAUCUGCUAUGUUCGGAUACGACUCCGCGUUCAUUGGGGGCACUAUGGCUCUUCCAUCCUUUCAAAGCCGAUUCGGCCUCGACUCGUCAACUGGCACCGCACUCGCUGCACUUCGAGCAAAUAUUGUCAGCACCUUUCAAGGCGGCUGCUUCUUCGGUGUCCUAUUUUGUUACUAUAUUGUUGAAAAACUUGGCCGUCGAUGGGUGCUGAUCGGAUGUGGCGCCCUGUUCGACCUUGGUGCCGUCUUGCAGCUUGUCGCAAGUGGCAAUCUCGCUCUCAUUUACGCUGGCCGCGUACUUACAGGUCUCGCGGUUGGAGCGUCUUCCAUGAUCAUCCCUGUCUACAUCUCCGAGUCCGGUCCGCCGGCCAUUCGGGGGCGUCUCAUCGGCGUAUUCGAAAUUUUCCUUCAGUUCUCUCAGAUCAUUGGAUUCUGGGUUAACUACGGAGUCAACAUCCACAUCUCGGGCACCUCAGAUAUGCAGUGGCAUAUCCCUUUCGCGCUGCAGAUUAUUCCAGGAAGUCUUCUUUGUAUCUGUAUGUUCCUUCAACCCGAGUCCCCCCGGUGGCUCCUCAACGCUGGUCGGACGGAAAAGGCGCGCAAAGUACUUCAGCGCCUACGGAAGCUACCUGCCGACCAUCCAUACCUCAACUGGGAGAUCAAUACCGUUCUCCAACAGAUUGAGGAAGAAAACGCUCUCGGGGCAAACAGAGGGGUGCUUGAAAAGCUCCGUGAAAUCAAACUUCCCACGAACCGGCGCCGCCUGCUCCUUGGUAUCGCUUUGAUGUUCCUACAAAACCUCAGUGGAAUCAACGCUUUGAACUAUUAUUCACCAUCGAUCUUCCAAUCGAUUGGGUUUACUGGCACGAGCGUCGGUCUUCUAGCCACGGGCAUUUUCGGCAUCGUCAAAGCAUUUGCAACCAUGCUGUAUAUGAUCUGGGGCGUUGAUUCUCUCGGCCGACGGCAGUCUCUUAUGAUCGGUUCAGUGGGAGCUGCUAUCGCCUUGUUCUAUCUUGGAGCCUUCGCCAAACUGUCUGGGUCUUUCGAUGCGGGCCAGCUUUCUGCAGGCGACAGAACUCCAGGUGCUUACGUCGCAAUCGUCAUGAUCUACAUCUUCGCCGUAUUUUACGCCAUUUCUUGGAACGGUAUUCCAUGGAUCUUUUGUGCUGAGGUCUUUCCAAUGGGAAUCCGAUCAAUCUGUCUCGUUUUCACAACAUGUGCGCAAUGGCUUGGGCAGUUCACCAUCGUUUACUCAACGCCGUAUAUGAUGACAGAUAUCACGUAUGGCACGUUUUUGUUGUUUGCAUGCUCGGUGGUGAUUGGCUUCACCUUCACCUUCUUCCUGAUUCCUGAGACGAAAGGUAUUUCCCUCGAAGACAUGGAUAUUCUUUUCACACGGAAGGGCAUGCCACGCACUUGGCGCCGACAGACGGAGGAGAUCAUCGACCAGCGUCGGGUAGACGGUCAUGCUGGUGCUCUGGCGCGCGACGAGAAGGAAAUCGCGGCAUCUCACCAUGAAGCUUGA